AUGUUUUUCUUUUCUCAAAGGAAUCUUUUCUCAAUUUUGUCAUUGCAUGACAUUACCUUCUCUAUAGUCUGUUGUUAUUCUGACCUUUCUUUUUUUCCUCUCAGCUCUUCACUAUCCUAUUUCUCUAUAAUAUUAGAUAGUAUAUUUUUACAUGCCAUCUUCUCCUAUAAACCUGCUCAUUUCUAUCCUAGCAUCUACUCACUGGCUCUUCAUCUCUCUAUUAUCUUCCAUUGA